AUGUUCGGAAUCUUGGAGGCAGCUGCGGUUCCCCACGGGGGAAUCUUCGAUACCUAUGACGACCUCAUCCUCGAUCUCAACAGGCGCAUGGAAAGGCAGGGAUACAAGAUUGUCAAGGCGAGAUCCCACCGUAACAAAAUUGGCGGUGGCGAUGUGGCAGAAAACGAGAUUGUUCGUUGUGACCUCGUGUGCGAUCGCGGGGGCCGACCGUACAAAUCGACAGCAACCAAGCAUAAAACUCACACAAAGAAGACUGGAUGUCCAUGGAAGGCAAAGGCCGUGAAUCGUAAGUCGGCCGGGGGUUGGAUACUAACCAUCUUUUGCAACGAACAUAAUCACGAGGCCGGCACGCCAGAGCCUCCCAGCCUGCCUGGCCUUCCCCAGCAGGAUGGGAACGACAUGGGCAACGAAGACGAACAUCAAAUUGGGCCAAGGCCAGAUCCCGAGACGUCGGCAGCUCUUCAGAUCGCUGGCGUGUCCAACACCGCUCUUCGUCUGACUGGAGACACUUUCCAUCAGUUCAAGACGGAGUAUCGCAAGAUGACGCAAGGAGACCGGCUAAGUCUCCUAGCACAAUUUCAAUUGAGGAUAGCAGCCAUCUACGCUGUCCAGAAUGAAGAAAUGCAGCGGCAAAAACGGCAAGAAACCCAGGACCAGAGACAUCAAGCUGUAGUUGCGAGCAGGAAGACUCUGUCUGCCCAACGACAUCGCGCACGAAAACACCAAAGAGACCAAGAUGAGCAUCCACAACAACCAGCAGCUCUUCCAACAGAGCCUGACCUCUCCUUACCCCAAGACCUCGUUCACAUAGGUCCGAAUCAGGCACCAGACGCGGUGAUGCAAGAGUCACAAUUCCAAAUGCCAGGAACCAGAACCACUAUGCCUACCGUUGAAUUGCCGCAGUUCAAGCAAUAUCACGGGCCCUCCAAGAAAACGAAGUCUUAUCAACCGCAAGCCACGUGA